CGUAAAUCGCCAGCAGACAUUUAACCAUCGUUUACAGUCGCCAUUUUAUUGUGAAUUUAUAUAAGUGAAAUUGUCGAUUAAUGUCGUUUAUUUAACAAAAAUUAUUCAUGUGAUCAUUUCUUAUCGAUUAUAGAACGUAAAAUAUAAAUAAAAUAGCAAAUUUAAUCGAUAGAAUUAAUAUUAUAACUCAAAAUGGAUAGACCCGUUCGUUAUCAAACGUUACAGCAGGAAGAGGAACCAGUUCCGCCACAGGGAAUUCCACCUCCCGAAUAUGAAGAUGCAAGUGGAGCAGCAGUUGCUUCUCAUUCUGAUAAUGCUAAUAUGGAUCAGCAGGCAUCGGCUUCGUAUAACAGUGACAAUGGCGACACCAGUCGAAAAUGUCAAGGAUAUUUUCCGUCGCCGCCACCCUACAGUGUAGCUGCGGCCGAACUUCCAACUUACGAAGAGGCUCAGCGUUCUAAAAUGUUGGAAGAAGAAGAGAGACAACAUCAUCAGGAAGCAACUGCAUUGUUUUCUCGAGACGAAGACAUUCUUGGAACAGAUUUUCUUUUCUUCAUGUCAUUUUUUGUGGCUUUCUUGUUCAACUGGGUAGGCUUUCUUUUACUGCUGUGCUUCUGUCAUACUUUAGCAGGUCGUUACGGUGCUUUGGCUGGAUUUGGUCUCUCUCUGACUAAAUGGACUCUAAUUGUAAAGCAUUCUACAGAUUUAAUUACAACAGAAAAUGAAUGGUUAUGGUGGAUCAUUAUGGCUUUUGGAGUUUUAAUCUGUGCCCGUGCUUGUCUUCAGUACAUUCACGCCAAAAGAGAGUGGCGAUUGCUCAACCCCAUUCACAGAGAGAGAUUGUUUUUCUUUUACUAACUACUAAAU